GAGGGGGUGACUAGAGAGUAUGCUUCAAACGGAAACUGGAAAGUGCUGAAAGGGGGUCGCUCAUCUGAUUGGGCGCCUUUGUUCUUUCAAAUUGAGGUGGCCCUUUUUUUGUAACCAAUGCGCCCAUGAGAGGAUGAGCAGGAGAGGACAUCUUUCACAUGCACUGCUCCGCAGCUCGAUCAUGGAAUAACACAAAGUGCGACGAUGGCGCAGGCCAGUCAGAGACAGGAUAAAGCUCACAGGGUGAGGGAAGAGCUGAGCUGCAUGCUGGUUGGUGAUGGGGCUGUGGGCAAGACUACCAUGGUUAUCAGUUACAUCUUCAAUGGAUACAACAGCGAGUACAGGCAAACAGCAUUUGAUGUUUUCACUGGUUUGGUUCAUGUGAAUGGAGUUCCAACUCGUAUUAAACUGAUCGAUACAGCUGGGCAGGAGGAGUUUGGUCAUCUCCGCUCUCUGUGUUAUGCCCAUGUGGACGUCUUCAUCCUCUGCUUCAGCCUUGUGAACCCUGGUUCCUUCACCAACAUCGCCUCCAAAUGGAUCCCUCAGAUCCGUGACGCCAAUCCCAGCUCUCCGGUCCUUCUGGUGGGAACUCAGUCAGACCUCCGUCAUAGCGUGGACAUCCUCAUUCACCUGGACCGACAGAGCAGCAGACCAGUGAGCUUUCGCCAGGCCAGGAGGCUGGCUCACAGGAUCCGAGCUGAUGAGUAUUUGGAGUGCUCAGCCCUGACGCAGCACAACCUCAAAGAUGUGUUUGACUGUGCUGUCUUUGCUGCCAUGAAGCACAAGCACAGAGGCUGUAAAUCCAGGCAAUUCAGCCUGCUCAAACACUUAAAGUCAUUGUGGGAUUGUCGAUGGAGAAACAUUUUCCGAUUUAUCUGAGAAGUAAAGUGACUCAACCAGAUUUCACAGCAAAUCUGUGCAUUCUUAUCAAAGUACCUCUCUCUCAAACAUGGAUUUGUACAACAUUAACAAGAUUUCAUUCAUAGAGCCCGCUUUUUUCUCCGUUGAAUUAGACUUUUCUCAGUUUCUUAUAGUCAUUAUGGUGUUUAUAUUU